GGGGACCGGAGAGACGCUCUGAGCAUGUGCAGAGCAGCUCGGCGGCUGCUGCCUGGGCGGGAGGCUGGAGCCCGGUGCUGAUGCGAGCAGCCCACUCGGCCUCAGCCCCAGCGUGGUCGGCCCCCCGGGCCGGGCGGCAGGGAAGGAGCCGUAGCCUCCCCGCGGCCAGAGGAGCCUGCACGAAGGUGCGCAACCCCCGGCGGCUGCGGCGCCCUCCGGGCCCAGGAUGAUGGCGGAGCAGGUGAAAUGCGCCUCGGCGGGGGGCGGCUCCGGAGCGGGCUCCGGGCCGGUGGUGAAUGCGGAGCUAGAGGUGAAGAAGCUACAGGAGCUGGUGCGCAAGCUGGAGAAGCAAAACGAGCAGCUGCGGAGCCGGGCGGCCAGCGCGGCCGCCGCCCCGCACCUGCUGCUGCUGCCGCCGCCGCCGCCGCCCGCCGCGCCGCCCCCCGCCGGGGCCUGCAGCCCGUUGGGUCCGCGGAGCCCCCCAGCCACCGCUGCCUCUUCCGGGGGCCUGGGUCUCGGACUGGCGCUGGGCGCCGGGGGCGGAGGCAGUGGCAGCACCAGUCCCGCGUUCCCGGGGACCUACUGCCUGCCCAGCCCGGCGCCCUCCCUGCUCUGCAGCCUGGCGCAGCCCCCCGAGGCGCCCUUCGUCUACUUCAAGCCUGCGACGGGCUUCUUCGGCGCGGGUGGCGGGCCGGAGCCGGGGGUCGUGGGAACGCCGCCCGGGGGAGCCGCCGCGCCACCUUCGCCGCCCCCCACGCUGCUGGAUGAGGUGGAGCCGCUGGACCUGGAGAGCGUGGCUGCCUGGCGGGACGAGGACGACUACACCUGGUUAUACGUUGGCUCUUCAAAGACAUUCUCAUCAUCAGAGAAAUCCCUGAGCCCUUUGCAAUGGUGUAGACACGUCCUAGAUAACCCGACUCCGGAGAUGGAAGCCGCAAGGCGCUCCCUGUGCUUUAGGCUGGAGCAAGGUUACACCUCCAGGGGCUCCCCUCUCAGUCCCCAGUCAUCUAUAGACAGUGAGCUCAGUACUUCAGAAUUGGAAGAUGAUUCUAUCUCCAUGGGAUACAAGUUACAGGACCUCACUGAUGUGCAGAUCAUGGCGCGUCUGCAAGAAGAAAGUCUCAGGCAAGAUUAUGCUUCCACUUCAGCAUCUGUGUCAAGACACAGUUCCAGUGUGUCAUUGAAUUCAGCAAAAAAAGGGACAUGUAGCGAUCAAGAAUUUGAUCGAUUCAGUCUGGAGGAUGAGGAAGAAUUUGAUCAUUUGCCACCACCUCAGCCUCGUCUUCCAAGAUGUUCACCUUUCCAAAGAGGAAUUCCCCACUCACAGACUUUCUCCAGCAUUCGGGAGUGCAGGCGGAGCCCCAGCUCCCAGUAUAUCCCUUCAAAUAAUUAUCAGCAGCCACAGUAUUAUUCACCUCAAGCCCAGACUCCAGAUCAGCAACCAAAUAGGACCAAUGGAGACAAGCUCCGAAGAAGUAUGCCUAAUCUAGCCCGGAUGCCAAGUACAACCGCUGUUAGUAGCAAUGUGAGUUCUCCAGUCACCGUGCGAAAUAGUCAGAGUUUUGACUCAAGCUUGCAUGGCGCUGGGAAUGGAAUUUCAAGAGUACAGUCUUGUAUUCCAUCACCAGGACAGCUUCAACAUAGAAUCCACAGCGUGGGACAUUUCCCAGUGUCCGUCCGACAGCCUCUUAAAGCUACAGCCUACGUGAGUCCAACUGUCCAAGGCAGCGGUAACACGCCGUUACCCAAUGGCUUACCUUUAUAUUCCAACACUGGAAUCCCCACACCAAACAAAGCUGCAGCUUCUGGGAUAAUGGGCCGCAGUGCACUUCCGAGACCUUCAUUGGCAAUAAAUGGGAGUAACCUGCCUCGAAGCAAAAUUGCACAACCUGUUAGAAGUUUCCUUCAGCCUCCAAAGCCACUGUCUUCACUCAGCACUCUGAGAGACGGAAACUGGAGAGAUGGUUGCUACUGACGCAGUUUGAUGUACCUUGAAGAAUGAGAAAGAAGUGGAAAUGAGGGUUGUGUUACCUAGCUGGCUGGGUAGCAGUGGAUGUCGGGAGAUUCUUUAACCUACUUACUGCAUUGUUUCCAAUGGACCGGUCACCAGAGACUAAUUAUUGCACUUAAGUAUUUGCCUGAGAUACUGCAGCACUCCCAAAUCCACGCUUGCAGUAUUGUGACACUUAGAUCUAGGAAGUUUUUGUAGAACUGCUAUGUACCUGAACACUUUUUGAGAGAAUUGAGAUGUAUCAAUAAUGCUUUCUUUGCCAUAUGAGUUUUUUUUUUAAGUAACUUGUUCGAUUUACUCAUGUGUUUUAAACAUCUUCACAUUACAUGUUCUGUAUUUUAAUACUUACGUAUUUACAACUAUGUUCUAUAUAUAACAUAUGCAUUGAAAUUUACCUUUUUUUAUAGUUUACAGGAAUUUUAUUUUUUGUGCCUAUUUCUUUUUACACCUCUGUGAACCACUAUGGAACAACUUAAAUUUUGUGCCAUAAAAAUAUUUUUGUGGUAAGGUACUAUUUUUUUAGCUCUAGGGAUAUAUCAGCAAAAAUCCACCAUAAAAUUUGAGAGACAUAAUUUUAUGUUGAAUGAGCACAAUGUAAUCUGAAGCAUUACAAGGAGAUAGCCAGACAGCAAGUUAAAUGGUGUCUUUUUCAUCAUUAAUUUAUUUUCCUCCAUGGGUUUCAUAUUUAUAAUGGCAUCACAAGCUCAUUGCACUUAAUACCUGCAAUGUUUGCUACUGUACCACAAUUGAUUUUCAAUACUUUGUUACAGAGGAUGAAACUGUAAUGUUUUAUUAACAAUGCUUCUGGAAAUGAAUGCAUUUUAAAGCAAAUAAAUCCUUUUGAUAGACCUUUUACAAAACCCAUUUGCACUAAUGGAUGCUUUUCUUAUGGUAUAUAACUUAAUAUUUGUUACAGUGUACACUGCUGUUUUGGAAUGUUCAGAAAUAAAGACUAUUUCGGCAA